CGCGACCGCUCAUUCGCACCGCGAGCGUCGCUGGUGACGCACGCGUAAACAGUCCCGCUCCACGCAGCUCGUCUUCCGUGAGACGGCGUGCGUUGUCGCCAUCCGCGCAUAACAUCGCCGGUAUAAAAAUAAAGCCGGCGACAGACGGUUGUGUCUCGGGUUAAAUUUAAAUGAUAUCGCGGACGCCGUUCCGGGCUCGCCUCGGACUCUCGCCGACAUGAGAAUAAGUCGGGGCAUAGUGUGCGAGUGCUCGGGCGUGAGCGCGUGCCCCGACGGCUCCGCCAACAGCACGUGCACCACGCAGCCGGGCGGCUACUGCUUCGUCACCGUCGAGGAGGUGCUCGACGACAAUGGGCUGGUCGUCCUCGAGCGCACCGCCGGCUGCUUGCCGCCGGACGAGUCGGGGUUCAUGCAGUGCAAGAGCUCACAAGUGCCCCAUCAGCAUCCGAAAGUGAUAGAAUGCUGCGAGAAGGAUUACUGCAACCGCCGCCUUCGGCCGCAGCUGCCCGAACCUCCGCCCGACGUCACCGAAACUCCCGGCCUCAGACCAACAGCCACCGUCCCACACACCGCCUUGGUCGCCGCGGCAUUAUGUGUGGCCUUACUAGCAUUCCUCGGAGCGUUCUGGCUGCUCUUCAGAAUGCGCAGAAAGGGCUGCAAGCGACCGCCUUCCCCGCCCGCCCCCGCACAUCACGCUGAGAUCUCCUCGGGAUCAGGAUCAGGCCUUCCCUUGUUAGUACAAAGAACGGUGGCGAAACAAAUACAAAUGGUCGAAUCAAUUGGCAAAGGACGCUACGGAGAAGUGUGGCUCGCACGUUGGCGCGGCGAGAAGGUCGCCGUCAAAGUCUUCUUCACGACAGAAGAAGCUUCCUGGUUCCGUGAGACAGAGAUAUACCAAACUGUUCUCAUGCGACACGAGAACAUCCUCGGCUUUAUCGCAGCUGACAUAAAGGGAACAGGAUCGUGGACUCAGAUGCUGUUAAUCACAGAUUACCACGAGAACGGAUCGCUGCAUGAUUACUUACAAACGGUUGUACUAGAUACGCACGGCUUGAUGACCAUGGCUUAUUCCAUUGUGAGUGGAUUGGCUCAUCUUCACAUGGAUAUAUUCGGGACUAAAGGCAAACCGGCGAUCGCUCACAGAGAUAUAAAGAGCAAGAAUAUCCUCGUCAAAAGAAAUGGCCAAUGCGCGAUUGCAGACUUUGGUCUCGCAGUCAGAUAUGUUGCAGAACGUAACGAAGUAGAUAUCGCUCCGAAUACCCGCGUGGGAACGAGACGGUAUAUGGCCCCUGAGGUUUUAGACGAGAAACUGGACGUGACAAAUUUCGAAGCUUUCAAAAUGGCUGAUAUGUAUUCCCUCGGUUUGGUUCUGUGGGAGAUGUGUAGGCGAUGCACUACCGGGGAUAAAGCUCAGUACGUUGAAGCGUAUGCGCUGCCGUAUCACGAAUACGUGCCAUCGGAUCCGUCGUUCGACGAUAUGCAUACAGUAGUCGUCGGGAAGGGAAUAAGACCACCGCAACCGGCGCGAUGGAAGUCGUCCGCGACCCUUCAAGCGCUGGCAGCGCUGAUGGCCGAGUGCUGGCACCACAACCCUCCCGUAAGACUCACAGCUCUACGCGUCAAGAAGACGCUAGCGAAAUUCCGCGCCGAAAGCGCUGUAAAGCUCGUGUGACGCGCGCGAGACUGUUCCUGUAAAUACUUCGUGAGGCGCCGCCUCGAGUUCCUCCUAUUUAUUGCGUUGCAAGUGGCGACGCUACUUGACCCAUCAGUGCCCCCAUCGACACAAUUCCGACCACCGCCGUUUUAUAAAAUCUCAGUAUUGUUAAGUUUAUAUCCUGCCAGUGAUUUCGUAUGAAAAAUUUUAGUUUAAAGCACGCCCACGAAAUCUUUCGUUUGAGAGUCUUAAAUAGAGUUCGUCUGUCCUUUUCUUGGACAUUGGGAAGCAAAAGAUGCGAAAUUAUACUAAAAUUUAUUUGCUAUCGAUUCAGUACCAAGAUCACAAGCUAUCAUCAUAGCAGUCUCUUUUUAGCAAAUGACCUCAGCGCUUCUGUGCAAGUGAGACAGAAGCAAAAACGUGUGAACAAGGAAAACCGGCCAAGUGCGAGUCGGACUCGCACAAGAAGGGCUCCGUACCAUUGCACUAGAUACCUAUAACAUUAUGUACUUUAAGUUUUUUAAUAACCUAUUACAGUUCAUGAGUUACAGCACGCUGACAGACAGACGGACGGAUAGACACCGAAAGCUUAGUAAAAAGGUCCCUUGGCAACCUUGGGGUACAAACCCCUACAAAUGAAGAGUUAUUUUCACGACCAAAGUGUAUACUUUUCGUGGGCGUGCUUUCGUGCGCCGGAAUCUCCUCAACUUUGGAUUAUUUAAAAUUUCCGUCUUAAUUUUUUUUUUUGUAAUAUUGUUUAUUAUAUGUAUUACGUAGAUUUAAGGAUGGUUUUUGUAAUAGAUGAAAUUUGUCUUCCGUUUCGAUAAGUGACUCGCUCGAUGGCAGCUCGCGGGAUCCACCGUGGACAUGAUGAAUGAAACAUCGGAUAAUACAGCUCCAUACCACUACGUCAAAUUCAAAUCAGAUCAGUCUAGACAUGCGUACGACAAUACGACUUGCCGCAAGUGUGUACAAGGCCUUCUGUAGCUUUAGGUCAUGAAAUUUUGCUAUUGUUGUGUUUUGGUUUAUAUACUCUCUAUGUUGUGUUUAAAAUCUUAGCGUCGUCAUUGGUGUGUAGGUACCUACAUUCCGUUUUACACAGUGUUGGGUUGCACUUUUCUGUCUAAACCUCGAUGAAAAUCAAUAGUUUAUGAUAAUUUUAAGAUUGCUGCUCUAUUAAUGCUCUACUAAUAAUAUUUUUUAUACGUCGAGAAAAGAGAUUGCAUUAGUUAUGUUUAAUUCUUUGUACAGAGGUGGUUACAUGUAUGGAGCUGUAUACAAUCUGAAAAAUGAAAUACGCGAAUUGAAUUGUGAUAUUUCGACAAUAACAGAAGUUUUGAUUUUUAUUACAAAUUCGAAAUAAUCACGUACUAACUGGCUAAACCGAUGGCUUGCUAUCAACAAAUAAACUACUGGAAUAAAUAAUGUAAUUGUCAUCCAUUCCAAUCUUAAUAUUAUUGGAGCCAGCGACAACAGUUGAUACUUAGCCAUAGGUCACCUUUUGAAUAUGUAUAAAUAAGUGUCUAUCCCUGUCCCUUUCUUGUCAACCCUGGAAUAAAGUUGACAAAAAGUGACAGAAUUACAUUUAACUAAACCAGAUUAAGGGCCUAUGCAGACGAGAGAAUGUUGUCCGCGGAGGACAAAAGUCCCUCAUCUUUUACAACGGUGUUUUGCCGUACUGUUAGUCCAUAGCAUCGUGUGCGUUGUGCGAUGCAAUUCUUAAGUGAUUCAUUUUUGUCCUCCGCGGACAAUAAUCUUAAACUAAGCCGUUUGGUGCAAGUGGGCCUUACUGAAGUCAAAAAUAAUUUUGUUUUGUGAAAUCGCGUAUCUGUUCGGUUGUACUUAAAAGGUGAAAAAGACUAUAAUGUGAAAGUAUUAGCGAUAGAUGAAGAUGGUCAAGCGCAGUGUCUUAUGAGAUGCCUUCGAUUAGUAUUAACAUGUUUUUUGAAUGACGCUUUUGCCUUGAAAUUUGAUUACCGCAGGACUAUUAACCUCGAAAUAAGUGAUUUGCCCACAAAAAGUGUAUCCCAUAACGGUUCAGUUAUGAAAAAGAAGAUUUAAAUAAAGACAUUAAAUUGGUCCUUCGAACCGGAUUAAAAGUUUUUUAUUGUAUGGAAAAUAAGUAGAAGGUAUCAAAUUUCAAAGCGAGGGUCUGCUAGCAUUUAGUGUGCGUGCGCGCGCCGUGUACAGAGUUGUGUAUAUAUAGUGAUAGAGUAGAGCCUAAUACAUGUUGCUAAGUAAGUUACAAAUAAAAUAUUAAUGGACAUUC